GUAAUGACACAAGAUGACUAAUCUCAGAGACCAUAUAGCUAAAGUGUGGAAAAUACUAAGCAAAAGGACAAACAAUGGAGAAAAUAUGAGUCACUUUCUUGUUUCUACUGACACGGUUUACGAAGGACAAGUAAGACUUUGGAGUUAAAUUUUUUAACUCCCAACUAAUUCCUUUUAAUUUAAUGCCCAAAACCAAAAAGGCAUCAACCAAGUUCACACACUCUUUUGCUCUUCUUUCUCCGUGUUUAAUUUAUAAAGAGCAGCCUAAAGGACCCUUAAAGAGACUUAGAGAGAGAGAAGCAUUGAUCUCUGAAUAUUGUGAACAUGUUGAAAUCAAGAAACAAGAGCAAAAGCAAACAAGAGAAGAAGUCACAAGAAGGGAAGUACCUUGGAGUGAGGAGACGUCCAUGGGGAAGGUAUGCAGCUGAAAUCAGAAACCCUACUACAAAAGAAAGACAUUGGCUUGGAACAUUUGAUACAGCCGAAGAAGCUGCUUUGGCAUAUGAUGUUGCUGCUCGAUCCAUCAGUGGCUCUUUAGCUAAAACCAACUUCUUCUACACUGAAAACAUCUCUUCACAAACACAACCACAGCAGUUGUUACAGUCAUCAUCAGACAAAGGUUCUGUUAAUCCCACCAUUGUGUCUUUGGGACCUGAAAUGAGUUUGGAAUCUUCUAGUCUCAGUUUUCUUCAAGAUCAGCCACCAGAAAACCACCGUUUUUGUGAUGCUCCUAUCUCUUCUUGUUUGCAAGAACAACAGGUUUUGGCUAAUCUCACUAACAGUUUCCCACAUUGUUAUGAUGAUGAUCAUGUUGGUCAAAGCAAAGAGAUUUGCCUACCUUCUUUUCCCAGUGAUAUGUCAAGCAGUCUGUUUGGUUACCAGGACAACACCGGUGAACAGAGCGAUGCAGAACAGAUGAAGAUUGGUUCGGUUCUCAGCAAUGAUUCGCAUUGCUUUGAGUAUGACUACACCGCAACUUAUGUUGAGAGUUUUCUCAAAGAUGUCAAUGAAGAUCCUAAUCAGAUGUUUGGAUCUUCUUCUUCUUUCAUCUGAUCCGAAUCGGCUAUACCACCUUUCAAUCUUUUGCACUGUUGACUCUUUUGCUUCUCUUGUGAGCUGUAUAAGCAGUUUCAAUACCACAAUCCUCCUGUUAUGUAACAUAACAAGUAUUGUAUCUUUCUUUAUUGUCAAAUGCAUUCCCAAACCAGAGUUAUGAAUUAA